AACUGAACUAGUUUAGUCAGCGGUCGUUAGUGGAAUGUGGAGCUGAAUCUUAAUCUUGUUUUUUCUGAUGGGAAACGACUAAACUGACUUUAAAUAACCAUCAGAGUUAUUUUCAUUCAAUGGUUUUGUCUCCUCAAAGCAUUCCUCAGAGCGUGAAGACCAUCUUCUCUCCGGGACAACGAUGCGGACCGAGACGGACGGCGUCAAGCUGAACUUUCGUCUGCCGAGGUUCCUCUGGAACACCCACAAAGCCCCUGACAAGUUGCAGAUGUACGAGCAGACGUACGAGCAGAUCCUCCAGGCGAAGCUCUACUGCGAGGCCGGCCGACUGCUGAUAGAGAGAGAAGAGCGUCUAUUCGGGGAGAUUCAGGACCCAGAGGCGGCGACGGGUCACCAGGAGGAGGUCACGGAGCUGGAGGUCUGCCGCAGGGAGCUGCUGGUCCUGGUGCUGGAGACCCUCAGGUUGUCCCUGGAACCGGUGGAGGUGGGGGGCGCCGCGGCCCUGGUGUCCGCCGUGAAGGCCGUGGAGCAGGAGGAGGCCCAGGACCGGCUGUGGGGUCAGAGGGGUCGGACGCCCCCGGCGUGGAGGCCCUGUGGCUGGAAGGAGCUCCACGACUCCACGCUGCGUGGCCUGGUGGAGGAACGCAUGGACAGCCCCUCCGUGGUCCCCCCCACCAACCAGGUGGGACAGUCCUCCGUCCAGGCGGACGUCUGCGACAUGGGCCGGCAGCUGAAGGAGGACCUGCUGCAGGUGGCGAGUGUGGUGAGGAGCUGCUACCCACCUGAGCACAACAUCGGUCACCUGUACAUCAAGGCGUACCACAGCACCUUCAGCGCCAGGCUCAGGAAGAUCGCAGACUUCGGUCUGGAGGACAAGGACUGCAAAUUCCUCCUGCGCUGGGUCAACGAGUAUUAUCCCCAAGUCCUUCAGAAGACGGAGCUGGCAGGUGAGAUGGAUGUGGCAGCGUUGGGAAAGCUUCUGCCCGAAGAGCUGUUGAAACCUCUGGAGGAUCAAUUCCUGAGCGGGCAACAGGAGGAGCUGACCACGUUCGUAGGCCGCAUCCUUGAGGAUGCGAAGGACAAGUGGAAUAAAGGAGAAGAGCCAUCGAGGGAGGACGGGUUCUUUGUCAGUCCCGUUUCCUACGACAUCAUCCAGCUCAUCAACGGUAAGGUGACCUCAGCUGAGAAGGUUGUGGGAGAUCUGCAGAAGGCUCGGACCAUACCGCGCCAACUCAACGAUUUAAUGCAGCGGUUCAAGGGCUUUCAAAAUGACGUCAUAAAGCAAAACAAAACGAGCAGCCGGCCGGUCGUGAAGGCCCACCUCGGCUGUAUCCAGCAGUUCAGAGACUUCCUCAAUAUGAAGAGACACCUGUUCACAGAGGAAGUGUGGGACGACUGUUUGCAUGUUCUGACCGACAUGAAACUAUCUGCCCAAGAGUAUUUAUUAAAACCUGUGCACGAGGUCCUUAAGCCAGAGUACCGCAAACUGGGAACCAGUGACUGGCUGAAUAAGAACCUGUUCAUAAGUCUGCUGCACGGCCUUGAGGAAGAGCUUCAGGGUCUUCAGGGCUCCAUCGGAUCCUGUCACCAGGAGCUGUUGAGAAAGCUGCACCAGGAGGUGACGGUAGAAUACGUGAGGAGGCUCCUGAAAGGAGCCAAGCUAAAGGACGAGGGGCAGCAGGUGAAGGCCUGCAACACCGUGAGGGACAACGCGGAGAGUCUGCACGAAUUAUUCGUUAAAAUGGGGUCCGACGACGUUUGGCUGAAGGACAUCCUGACCAAGAUAGCAGAAGUCUUGAGACUCCAAAACCUCCCCGCCAUCCAGUUACAAGUAGCCUCGCUGGGAACAGAUUACCCCGACCUCAGUGAGAAACAUGUGUCGGCUCUCCUCAAGCUGAAGACCAACCUCUCCAAAGCCGAUCGGAGGAGCGUCACGGACGUCCUGUCGGUCAUCAGCGGCUCUGGAGGCCGAGAGGCCGCGCCGACCUUCUUCUCUGAGGUCCGGGUCAAGUGAGCCGUGAGAUGUUUGAGUGAUCAGGAAUCAGGAAACGUUUAUUGCCAUAAUAUGUUGGACAUUCAUGGAAAUUGUCUUGGCGAUUGGUGCAUGACAGAAGACCGUACAAUAAUGACAAUAUAGUGCGGGAAUAAGAUAAU